AUGGCAGAACAACGAGAUCCAGAAAUUCCAGAUGGACCAGAGCAUGACCUAUCUGAAGAAGACAUGACAAUAUUUUUAGGUGAUUCAAAUGUACCAACCUCUUCAUCUACUACGACUACAAAACCGACUUUAACAUCAACUAAACCGUCUAUAAGUUCAACGAUUGAAACUGGAAAUUUUUGUCAUGGAAAGAGAGACCGCCUCUACAGAGAUCCUAAAAGUUGUGAAAGUUAUAUCUCAUGCUGGAAUGGUAUUAAUCAGGGCAUCACCACGUGUCCCGAUGGCACAUUAUUCUCAGAAGAACGAGGCUACUGUGACUGGGACUACAAUGUUGAUUGUGGUACUAUAGCCCGAUCAACAACUACUACAAAAGCAGUAAAGAUAUCAACAAUGUCGCCAGAGGCUUCAACCUCAGCAUCAACUAUUUCAGCAUCAGUAUCAUCUUCAACAAGUUCAUCUGUUUUACUUGUAACGUCAACAACGAAAGCUACUCCAGAAGAGUCUUUAUACAAACGAGUGUGCUAUUUCACCAACUGGGCCCAGUAUAGAGUUUAUCCUGGGAAGUUCUUUCCCUCGGAUGUUGAUCCGUUUUUGUGCACACAUAUUAUCUAUUCAUUCGGGAAGGUUGUGAAUGGCCCUGCAGAUGAGAGCACUAUAGAGCCAUAUGAAUGGAAUGACAUAUCUGUACUAUAUCCUGCUAUUAUGGCAUUGAAGAGCACCAAUCCAAAUCUGAAAGUUCUCUUGGCUAUUGGUGGAUGGACACACGGGUCUAAACCAUUUACAGAGUUGGUUGCAUCGCCUUCUAAACUGAGAAACUUUGUCUGGAAUAGUAUAACUUAUUUGCGACACCAUGGAUUUGAUGGGCUUGACCUCGAUUGGGAGUAUCCAACGGCUAGAGGGGGUAUCCCAGCGGAUCGGGAACGAUUUGUAGAGCUUUGCCGGGAAUUGAGAGGUGGUUUUGAACUCGAGGCGACACAAUCCAACAGGGAAAGAAUGCUACUUACUGCAGCUGUUGGAUGCGGAAAAGAUACAAUUGAUGCUGCUUAUGACAUUAAUGGCUUUACACCAUAUUUGGAUUUCAUCAACUUGAUGACGUAUGAUUUGGCCGGCCAAUGGGAUGGAAGAACUGCCAUACAUAGUGCACUUCACCCAAGAAACGAGGACCCUGCUCCUACUCUAAACCAGGAGUAUGCAGUGAAUAGAUUCAUCAAUGAAGGCACUCCACCGGAGAAGCUCAUACUUGGUAUACCUCUCUAUGGCAGGACUUUUAGACUGUCUACCUCAGCCACAGGAUUAGGCGCCCCAACUGCAACAUUUGGAGCCCCAUCUGGACCUAUAACUAACGAGGAAGGAUUCAUGUCAUAUUAUGAGAUAUGCCAGAAGAUAGCAUCAGGUUGGACAUAUGAAUAUGACAAUGAGCAUGACGACUCAUACGCCUUCUCUGACUCUGAUUGGGUCGGCUAUACAGACACUCUAGGCAUCAAGGCAAAGAUUGAUUUCAUAAAAGAUAUGCGGCUAGGGGGUGCCAUGGUGUGGGCGUUAGAUUUAGAUGAUUUCACGGGUAACUUGUGUAGUCUGUCACUUGAACGUUAUCCCUUGCUGAAUGCUAUCAAAAAUGGUCUUACAACAUAACAAGCAAACGUGGACUUACACAAGUCAUGCUUUACAAGAAGAACAUGGAAGGCAUAUAUGUAAAUGUUCGUCUAAAUAAUAUACUCAAUCAAUGCUGGAUGUUAUACUAAAAAACAAAAUACACUGAUUUUUGGAAACAUUGCACAUUGCAAGUUUAUAAAGCAUAGAAUUACUGCUGAAUUACUAAUACAAUUUAUAACCCAUUCUAUUUCAUAAAUGUUUAA